GCAAUAAUACAACAUCAAGCACUCCUUCACGAUGAUGACAACGGUGUCUUCUUCGCCUUCCGCUGUAAAUAUCACUUCAUCAGAGACUGCUUCUUCGGAAGAACAAAUCGUUUGUCGUUGGAAAGAUUGCUCGUUGAGUUUUCCCAAUCCUCAUCUGUUAGCAGCUCACAUAUCAGAAGAUCACGUCGGAUGGAAACGAGGAGAAUAUUUUUGCGAAUGGGAAGGCUGUCCACGGCAAGGUGUCAAGUGUCAUAACCGAUUUGCGCUUAUGCUGCAUUUGAGAAUCCAUACCGGUGAAAAGCCAUUUGAAUGUACCUACGAAGGAUGCGAACAAACAUUUGGUCGCAUGGAUGCGUUAGUGAGACAUAAAAAGUCAGAACACAACGAGAUUGCCGUGAGCGACAACCGUCAAAAAGCGGCGGCUCGAUCCCCAUCAACCUUGAAAAAGAAAGCAAAGCAAAGCCGCUCAGACGACGUAGCAGUAAAUUCAAAAGCGAAACGCCGGAAAUGGUUGCCAUCGCACGAAUCGCACUGGUCUUCGGAUGAUUCCGAUGCACCCGUCGACCAUGCCGAUGCCACCGUACCAUCAGCAGAUAAAUACAAGCUGGCCAAAGCGCAAUUGCGUUAUAUUCUACGAGAAAACGAAAUGCUGAACGAUGAAUGGGAAACGCUUCAAAGAAAGAUGAAACGAUUACAGACGGAACGACGUGUUUUAUUGGACGCACUCAUGGCAGCGGAGGAUCACGUUGACGACGACCAUGUUCCCGGCAGAUUGACUGGCAAGGACGAUACUGUACCCCUAAGUAGUCCGAGCAUCAGUGUUAGUAAAGAGGCAGGGGACAUUGUUCCUCUUUGAAUCAAAGCAUCGCAACAUGGGACUAUCUGAGAUAUCCCAUAUCUUGUACAUUAAAGCAUCAAUUUUUGAAAGACUCUACACAGAGUAAAACAAGCCUGUUUAUUA